UCAGCUGCGUCAUAACAUGGCGAUGUCACAUAAGGCACACUUACUUCAUCCAUUUUUUUAACGUAAUUAGUUAGGUACAAACUCGGACAAAUUCCAAAACAGUAUUAAUACGUAACAGAGUGGUUUUAGUUGUCCACAAACGAACGCCUCGACGGGUUUCCAUCAACCGCCCCCGCGGAGAGCUCACUCUGUGGGCUGGAAGCUUCUACGGAAGAACACAACCAAAUCGGAGGAAAUGGAAGUGGACUGCCAGCCCGAGGACCCCAUGGUGUCCGCAUUCGAAGACGGCUGCAUAGAGCUGUGCGACGUCAAGGACAUGAGACUGGAGGCGGACGCCGUUGUCAACGACGUCCUUUUUGCUGUGGCCCAAAUGCACGUGUCCAAAAACCUCAACAAUUCAUCAGACGUGGCUUAUAUCAAUGUGGAGACGAGAGAGGGCAACCGCUAUUGUCUGGAGCUCACAGAAGCAGGACUGAGGGUGGUGGGCUAUGCUUUUAACAAAGUGGACGACGACCUGAGCACUCAGUACCAUGAGACAGUUUACUCGCUUCUGGACACGCUGAGUCCGGGCUACAGGGAAGCCUUCGGGAAUGCUUUGCUUCAGCGGCUGGAAAGUCUCAAGCAAAAUGGACAGUGACAACAAAGCAGGUGUCUUUGUAACAAGCCAAUAAAUACAACAACAACAACAACAAAAAUGUAAUACGGAAUGUCCACUUGCCAUUAUAUGAAGGGGUACCUUGCCCUAUCAAUUUUCCUUUGUUCCUUAUCAUCUAAUGACUUCAUGUUAGUUAAUUCCUGACUGGUUGCUUGGGCUCCAUUGCAACAUUCUGCUCUUUGUUGACUUUACUGUGGAAAAAUAUUCCAACUUCACACAAUGCACAAUAAUUUGCAAUGCAAAUCUGACUGAUGCUGUGACCUGAUGACUGAUAUCUGUUCAACUUCCCCAAAGUAGUGCAGGGGCCAAAACGGAAUUUUCUUCCUUGUUCCACAAAUAUUCUGCCUUAAUGAUUUGCUUGGUUACCUCUUUAUUUACAAAGAUAGAAAAGGUAUGUCAAGAUGUAACAAAGCUAUUCUUGUGUUCUUAUGUUGAUCGAGUAGGGAUGUCAAACUCAUUUUUGUCGUGGGCCACAUUGCAGUUAUAGACAGAGGGCCGUUAUGACUGAAACAAUAUCAAUGUUUAGUCGCUUCAUCAUAUUACAUAGAGUACACAGCAAAAUGAUGGCUAACUAGUUCUUAAAUCAAAAGUCAAGGAUAAUAGUUUGUUCAACUAUUGUGCAAGUGAUAUGGCGAGUCUUUUUCUGACAGAAUAGGUAAGGAAGCCAUCUGGUCUUUGUGAGUUUUGUUACAAGAAAGAAAAUCUUUGCAAAGAGAGGAAAAGGUACAAGUGGUCACGAGUUGUUACCCCUUACUGAAGCCCAAGCAAAAAUUCACCUUCAUUAUACAGAAGUGGGGGGGGGGGGGGGGAUUCCCACAAGAUUCUCACACAAUUAGCAUUGUGCCGCUGCACUCAAACUUAUCUUUAUGCGAAUGGUUGCAUGCAGAGAAAAGAAGAGAAAUCCAGAGAGUAGUCAAAACAAGGGCACAGCAAUACUCUGCUGACUCAGAGCUAUGCAACGAUAAAACAUCUGAAAGUUAUAUAAAACAAAUUUUCCAAAUGCAAAAAUGAGUUUGGUAACAAAAUGCUUGUCAUAUUUAUUACAUAUGAGAUUUUGGUACAGAUUUUAGCAAGAAUAAUUGACAUGCAAAAUGUGCUUUCGUGGGCCACAUAAAAUGUGGCGGGCCAGAUUUGGUCCAAGGGCCUUAAGUUUGACACCUGUGAUCUACAGUAUAAUACGGCACAAUGUAAUGAAUGGCGGUUUGGCUUUCAGUGUUUGUUUUUUUUGUUUUUUGUUUCUCUAGUUAGUGUGAAUUUUUUACUUCAGAAUUCAAUUCGGGAUGUUUCAUGUUGCCCACUUUUCUUGCUGCUGGACUUUGAGCUGACCAAUAAAGGUUUCAAGUCA